AUGGCGGCCAUACCCUAUGUUGCUGUUCCCGGCUUCGUGUACUCUAUGAGUCGAUAUUAUCCCUAUCUUGAGAGCACUGCUGCGAGGUUUGGGCUUGAUAUUACCCACCCCUACUAUUAUAUUGUUGCUCGUGCCGCUUCUCCGGUUUAUAUCGGGCUGACAGCUUGGGCAGUGUGGUGGUUGACGCUUCAUAUGGAAAAGAGGGGAGAAGAACGGCUGGAUCGGGAGGACGAGGCGGUAAAGAAGGGUGUUUCUGAUGUGUGA